AUGGGCGGUGUUGGCCCACCCCUUCUCGAGAGAAAAAAUAACCUCAUCCUUGCUACUUUUGAAAACGACAAAAAUCCAAAUGAAGCGACGAUCGCUGCAUUAGCAAAUGUCCUUCAUAUCACUGAGAGAAGAGUCAAAGUAGAGUUUGCAAGACUCAGGGCAAACAGUAAAAAAGAACAAUUUAGAAAUGUCCUCAAGAGCUUGAACUCAACUCUACCACCAGGAAAACCAUCUGCUCAGAAAACUUCCAAUCCAAAUCCUCAAAAACGUACAUCACCAAGACAAGCUUCUACGCGAAAUCCAUCACCACUGGCGCAGUCAACACCAAAGAUUAACGUGAAGCAAGAAAUCAUGGCCGAGGAACCCGUUGUGAGAUCAAGAUCAAUCUUCGGUAUUGACGAUAUGAAGGUGUUGACGAAGAACUAUGCCAAGAAUCAAUGUCCAAGUGCCAAGAAAAUCGACAAGAUUGCGAAGAAACUGGACAAAACUCCUACCCAAAUCAAGAAUUGGUUCGCUCGACGCCGGUCUGGUUCGAUCAAAUCUUUGCCUUCUGAGCCUAUCACCACGCGAUUCAAACGAGAAAGAGAAGAAUCUCCAGUGAAAACUGAAGCACCCGAUGACUAUUGUGAGCAAAGAACGAAGAGAGCCUGCCGAAGAUCUCCAAUUAUUCUUCGAGAUGAUUCCGGUUCCGAAGACGACAUCGACACACCGCUCGAAGUCGUUGAAGAAGAACAAGACUCACCAGACAAGAAAACUCUGAAGUACACUGUCGAAAACAUCAGCCCAAAUGACGCUGGCUUCUACCUCGAUCGUCAAGCUAGCAAUGAGCUAUUUAGUCAAAUAUGGAAGAUUGAAAAUAAACUGCCUCUGAAAGCUCUUGAGUAUCUCUCAAUGCGAUCUGGUAGGACGGUCAGUGCAGUCAGGACUUGGUUCCAUCAAAAAACGAAGAAGGAAAAAGCUACUAACUCAAUCAUCAAACCGACUCAGACAAUCAAAAUCAACGAGAAAGUUAUCAAGCAAGCUGAGAGUCUUCGUUCUGCUACAAGCGAUUUUGCCACUGUCAGGAAUAUAAGUCCAAACGACAAUGGAUUCUACCUCAAUCAUGCUGCUACUAAAAAUUUCUUCUAUGAAAUCUGGAAAACAGAACCAGAACCACCGAUAGAAACAUUGCGAUUUCUUGCAAUGCGAUCAGAAAAAUCCGUUCCUGCUGUUCGACUUCACUUUCAACGUCUGACGAAGCAACACAAGUGGGAGCAGUACAAAAUGAACAAUGUCCGAAUUUACAUGCCAGCGGACAAAUGCUACAAAGUGAUCCAAAUCGGAGGGGAAGAAUUCAACGAAUCAAGUGACCACGAAGAUGAAUCUCCUCACUCCAACCCACCAAGCCAGACCAUCGAAUCUGAUAAAGAGAACGAGAAAGAAAGCACACCUUCUGAAGCUGCUAUCACAACCCUUCCAAAGUCACAGGAGAGAACUCUUCCAGAUGAAAAGACAACUGACUCGCAGAUUGAAGAAGGAGAGCCAUCAAUUGCUGAAAAAUUCAGAGAUUCGACAAAACUUCAUGAAGAGUCACCAGUUUCUGUGGAUCAUUCUUUUGCCAUCUCGAAAAUCAUCGAAAAAGCGCUCACAGAACAGCCAAAAACAGCGAAAAAUGAUGACUUGUCCGUGUUGGAGAUCCUGGAGCUUUCAAGUUCUGAUGAUGAAGCCAAAAGCCCAAUCGAAGUUUUCUCUGAAAAUGAGAAUUCCCUUGAGGCGAAGAAGGAUGAUUCUACUGAAGAGCUUUCGGAUCCUACUGAUGCUGAGGCGGCUAAGCCUGAAUGCGAUGGUGAAAAGGACAAUCUUCCGUUAGAAAAUCCCGAACAAAACGAUGUCGAGCCUUCGUCAACCUCAACAGACUCCAAGAAGCCUGACGCUGCCCUCGAAAAAACACUGCCAAAGGUUGACAAUGCAACAGCAGAGGAAGAAUCUGACGACGAAUAUGAAAUUAUCACCACUCAACACACUGCUUUGCCUAUCUGUCACAAAUACGCUAGCUCUGUACUCAAAGAUGGACAAGUAAUCAUUCCGCACGAUUCGCCUAUACUUAUUCAACUGUAUGAACGUUCUUCUGUCGAAGAUCUUUUGUAA